CAAGUCAUAUGAAGUACAAACGUCAAAAUAGCUCGCAAAUGUUGACGCGUAGGAAAAUCGAGAAAAUAUUUUUCUGAAUUUUCUAAACUUAAAUUCGUAAGAAUUCUGCCAAUAUAUUGAUAGAAAUAAAUUUAAUAAAUAUCUAAAUGGCAUCCGCCACACCCCAGGGAGCGAGUCUGCUGUAUGGGCUCCGAAAAUCGAAAAAAUUCACGAAAGGGUUGGGAGCCCAGUUACCAGCCGCUUACAAGAAGUUUUGGGACGAAUGGAAAAUUCAGCAACCAGCAGCAGUUCACUACGUUCCUAAGAAUGGUAUGUUUCAACGGGAAGACCUCACCGGAUUAGUGACGCCCAUACAAAAUGUUCCACUGCCAUUGAUCGAUCCGCCGGAAUCCCAUGAGGGUAUCUGGGGUGGAGAGGCUAUUAUCAAAGGCUUCCAAAAACGGAACCAAUACAAGCGGCGUGUUCCCCACUUUUGGGUACCAGUCCUGAGACGCUCGGUCGUGCACAGUCGGGUUCUAAACGAAUACAUGGCAGUUACGGUGACGGACCGAACGCUCGAUUUGAUCCACGACAACCAUGGCUUCGAUCAUUAUUUGCUGAAAACUCCAGCUUGCGAUUUACGCUCAAUGCUAGCCAUUAAGCUUAAGAAAAAAAUUCUAGUGGAUCUGCUGGCGGGCUGUCCGAAGCUGGCAGAUAACCCGGAGAAGCAAAAGGAAAUCGUUAAGGAAUUUUCAUGCUACCUCGCUCAGUACACUUCGGAGGAAGUUGAUUGGUAUGGCCUAACAUACGUGGAAGCCAUACUCAAGGUCAAGCAACAGAUCGAGUCAAGUGAGGACAAGAGGCCGCACAAGAUUAUUUUUCGUGAAAAAUUAAUCGAGCAGCUCAAGGAGGCCGGCAUCAAAGAAGCGCAAGGCUCUGUGAACGAACUCAAAUCAAUCGACGGCUCUAGUUCGUCAUGGCUGUCGAAGCUAACCUUCAAGCCCAAAAACUGGUAGUAAAAAUCGAUAGGCGAUGUACGUUGUAUCAAGUUCUAUGAUAGUACACCUCUGUAACAAAAUGGGAAUAGAUUUACUUGUUGAGAAUCAA